AUGAACUUUUUUCGACAUAUUCCGCUAAGCAAUUCUCAACUCAACGGUGUAAAUCAUGGUAAUAACCGGGUUGAAAAAUAGAGCAAAAAUUGCCUGGAGUGAAAUUCAAACAUUUAAGUUUUGUUUUGAAAAAUGAAUUUCUUCUCUAAAAUUCGAUUCAAUUUUACUCUAGAUUCAGGUAAAUAUUUGAGAAGCUCCAGUGAAGUUAGGAUAACUUUUUUAGCGUAAGCCCUAAACAUUUACUAUAGAAUCAGCUGAUUUCAAAAUUUGAGAAAAAAAUUUGAGGUUACAAAAAAAGUUUUAUGUAGAAAGUUAAGAUAACUUCAAAUAUGGUAAACUCUAGUUAAGAUGAAACAUUCCAAAAGCUUUAAAAAAAAUUCCUUAACUUUUGAAAUAUUCAGCUAGUACCCUAACUCCUAAAAUCCCUACUCCUAAUUUUCUAAUACCUAGAUGUUUCUCCAGAACUCUUCCAAGAAAUCAAAUGCCGCCAACAAGACUUCAUGAAAGCCUUCAACGCUGGCGAUGCUGCUGGAGCUGCCUCCGUCUAUGAUCCAAACGGAUAUUUCAUGCCAAACGGCCGAAGCCCAGUUAAAGGAAGAAAUGGAAUCGAAGCCUAUUUCAAGGAAGAUAUGGCUGAUGGUGUUCAAACUGCUCAGGUAUGUCUGUAUCUCAACAGAUUCUCUCUGAAUCAGAAAAUUUAUAGAUCAUCACCGAAGAAGUUAACGGUGGUGGAGAUUGGGCUUUCGAACGUGGGAGUUAUCAUUUGGAUGGAACUAAGGGACGUGAAAGUGGAGCUUAUCUUCAAAUUUGGAAAAAGGUUGAUGGUGAAUGGGUCAUCCAUAAUGACUGCUUCAAUGUUAUCAAAAAAGCUUGCUAA